AUUUGACCGAGUGCGGAUCUUCGAGUGCGAAUUCGUUCAAAACCGUUUGGUGUGCGCGCGUGAGCUGCUGCGUUUGUUGUUUGCCUCCUUUCCGGCGUUCUGAUUCUGAUUCUUCCGUGGAAGACAGUGGAUCGUUUUGUGUGAAGCUCACACAGGUGAGGACUACUACGGAUUUACAACCGACUUCGACGCCCCCACACUCUUCACGUGACCGUUUGCAGGUUAUUUCGGUACCCCUUAACGCGAAGGCGAAGGAAAAGUUCUGGCCAGAAGCUUUGAUUGGGGGGAAUUGGCGAACCUCGUAAAACGUUGCUGCUGGUUUUUGUUGUUGUUGUUAGUGUUGUGGUGUGAUUUUUAAAGGAGGACUACCGCGAGUGAUACGCUUCGAAGGAUUCCUGUGUUUAACGAAUUUCCGAAGGAUCUACAGGCAUAGGUAAAGUCAGAUUGCUUUUGCUGAAAGUGGGUGAAAAGUGAGGGAUAAGGCAACGGAGUAAAAAAGUGGCGUGUAGAAAAGAUAAAACGGAAACCGAGCUUGGCGAUUGCUAAAUUACUUAUUUAAACGGUGGCUGAAUUUUGUAUCAGGGUCUGUGCCAUUUCCGGUUUUGUUGUAUUGUAGGCCGGUCUCUGGAACACGUGCAUCUCCCGUGGAACUUGUGAAUAAUUUCCUUUUCGGUCAGAGUGGUUUUACUUUCAAGUUUCGACCAGUGAAGAAGCCUGAAAAUAUACUGAAUUAAAGACAUGUGCCAAACGUGUGUGUGUGUGUCCUUAGCAUACAUUCGGGGGCAUCUGGUGCCUCAACCGAACGCAGAGUGAUAAAGAAUUUCCCAUCAAUCAACAAUCCCGACUGGAGCAGGAUUUUCCGUUCGUUUUUCUCGUUCGUUCGUCGUUCAAAAUAGUCACAACAAGAGACGAGACUGUUUCGCAGAGUGUGUGUUCACGCAAAAAGUUGUGUGUGCACGUUCUUGUAUGUGUGUGCGUUGUUUUGGUCGUUCCGAGGAAAAAUUCAAGUGAUUUUCCCUCCCUAGGGUGCCAUCUGCUAGCUGCUGCCACUAGUUCGGUUUGAUUCGCAGAAUCACUUCUCCGUUUUUCGAAACGGAAAGUAAAAGAGCAUCCCGGAGUCGUCUCCAGCUGUUGUCGUCAGUGCCAGUGAGCGAGCAAGUAAUAAAAACAAAUAAUCGAAAAUCUUCGAGCUGAUACCGACUUUGGUGUUCUGUGAACCGACUUGCUUAUCGAGUGUGCGAUAACUAAAGUGAAAAAGGGCCAAUUCUGUUGGGAGUUCUUUUUGGGUGUUGGAACACAUUAGGAAAAGUGUUGAAGUGUGGAAUACCGGCGAAACGUGUGUCAUCUUGUGAGAAUCUACAUCUUUGGAUUUUUCGCAGUAUCCGUCGCCUUGAUCGAUAACCUUGGAUUGGUGCUUCAAACUGAUACUGUCUUAUAGGUGGUAACAGGACAAAUUUUCACAACGGCGGCCAGUAUUGAGGUUCCUCAAUUGAAUGACUAAUCAACCGCAACCGAGCGCCGUCAGUUUCUUGAUUGCCCAAACCCACCAGACCCAACAGUAUUCCACCAAUUUCUUCCCGACGGAGGACUAAAUCUAGAGGUUCCGGAAUUGCAGGAGCAGAAGCGAAUUCCCCAUCCGGACGACCAUAAUCAUCAUCAUCAUUCCGACGCCAUGUUGCGGUUUUGUCCAGUAGCAGUUUCCAAAAACCGCAAAAGACGCUCCACCACCACCGCUGGAGCAAUUGUGGAAGCUUUCGUGUCACUUCCGCUUCUGGGGCCAGUUUUGCUGGGGCUCCUGGUUCUAAUCCUCGAUGGCAGCAAUAAUUUGGCACUUGCGGUCGAUCCUGUUGGUACCGGUGGACCCUCGGUCAUUCACGAGGGCGAAGACGCGCUGCUAACCUGCGUCGUAAUGACCCCGUACAACAACGACACGGUCCUGUGGCGGAAGGGGCCUAACGACAUCCUGGCGGCGGGAAUGAACCGAGUCACCAGCGAUAAACGCAUCAGCAUCCUGCACGACGAUUCGCCCAAGGGCAAAACUCCUCUCGGCGGCGACGUCUGGGUCCUGCUAAUUAAGGGUGCCCGCGUCAACGACAGCGACGUCUACGUGUGCGAAGUCAACAGUGAUCCGGUGGUGCGGAGCUUCCAUCCCCUCAGAGUCAAGAAGGCCCGAAAACCAAACGGUCCGGAAUCAUCCACUGCUGCAGCGGAAUCAUCCACAUCCGGCGAUGGUAGUUCUACCGCCUCUUCAGUUACAGAGGACAGCUCUUCGGAGCUUGACGAUGAAGAAGACACCGAAGAUGGAGUCAUAAUUAGCCCGGAUGGAGCUCCUCGAAUUACCCACGAUUUCACCGGCUGCUGCCAGGCCAAUAACGUUAGCCAAACGUGUCUCGGGUUCUGUGUCAUCCACAAUAUCCUCGACGGAACCACCGGAGUUGAACCCGAACAAUGUGAAAAAGAUUUCCCCAACAUCGUCCGGUGUAUGGCUGAUGGACGGAACCAUAUUCCGUGUUGUGUAGAGAAGGGUAUCCCAGAUCUUUGCCAGGACAUGUGCCGAGGAGAGUACACUCCAUUUACUGAUCUACUUAAAUCUAGAGUGUCCUGUGUACAACACACCUUACCGGGACUUCAGUGUAUCCUGGAUAAUAUCCAGAAACUACCUUCUGAGCCACAAUCAGUGUCAGUCGAGCCACUUACCGAACGAUCCCUUCAAGUGAGCUGGAAUCCUCCGGCCCAGCUAGCGAAGACGGUCAAAUUCUACCAAAUUAACGCAACUCGGUUGCAUUCCUUCGACCAGGAUACGCUGGCAAACGCUACCAAAGAUAAUGUGAUAAGCAUGCAGGUCAACGCCGAACAGAACUCGGCCAUAGUUAGUAAUUUGGAACCGUUUACGAUGUACACGGUGACUGUGAGUGCACACAACGAUGCCGGAUCUAGUUUGGCCAGUAUGCGGAUUAGGGCACUAACCCUGGAAGGAGGUGUCAGUAAAGAUACCAGCGUAGCCGUUGUUCCAGUGUUGCCAGAUGUUCGGGGAUGCUGUAUGAAGAACGGAGUCACCCACAAAACUUGUUUGGACAAAAUGUGUGAUCCUGUUAAGGCCGAUUUCACCGAAGUUCCGGAUCUCAUGGUUUGUGCCCCGUGGGCCAACAUUACCUUCUCGUGUUUGGCCAACAAGAUGGAUCACACUCCGUGCUGCAAAUCCCGAGGAAUUCCCGAUGGAUGCCUUCCAUUUUGUUCGGGAACCGUUCGAGCUAUCAACUUCAACUACUUCAAGUGUCUGCAGUACAUGUCCGACUAUAGCAGCUGUUUGCUACAGGGCUAUGGAGUUCUGGCUGGACCUCCCUCGAAGUUGAAGGCUCCACUUAUCGCUGCGCACUUUGUCGUUCUGGAGUGGAAGCCACCGAAGGUUCUGCCCGACACGGUUACUUCGUAUCACCUUCACUAUCGUCGAUUGGGAAGCGGAGAGGAGUACACCGUUCUGGAGAAAAGUCAAACACCGGUGAUCGUGGAAGAUCUGGAGGCCUUCCGAUACUACGAAGCGUUUGUGGUUGCGGUUAAUGCUCAUGGCAAAGGUGGACCAUCUCCGCGGCUUGUCUUCCAAACGAAACGUGAAAUUCAGCCGGAACCAGUAACAGCCGCCUACAACAUUUCCUCCUGUUGUCAUGCGUCUGGACUGCUUCCCCAAUGUUCUCCUUUGUGUAGCUACGACGUCAAAAUGUCCGAUCUGCAGAAGCUUGGAAACAGUUGUCGAGGUCAGAUUGGCACGAUUAUUCGCUGUAGUGCUGGAGGUCGUGAUCAUACUCCGUGCUGUGCUCGACGAGCAGUGCCUCCUAAGUGUCAAUCACUGUGUCGAGGAGUGAUCACACAAUCCCCAGCCGACUGUCUUCCUUAUGCCGGAAACAUCAUUCAGUGCUUCGAAGAAGGAAUUGGACACAUCCCAGCUCCGGUUGAAGAUCUGCAUGUCACUUCGGUCACAAACACAAGCAUUUCUCUAGCUUGGGUUCCAUCGGAGGGAGAUCAAAACAAUACGGAUAUCCAGGCUUCCGAUUACUUAGUCCAAUACGGAAAGGUCGAUAACAUGACCAUGUAUGAAACCGUCAUCAAACUAGACAACGAACUCAACACUACCGAAACCGAUGUGGAGUUGGUCAACCUUGAACCGAAAGCUCUGUACCGCAUUACAGUUAUUGCGCGAGGUCUCCAUGGAACGUCUCUACCUUCGUCAAUGCUGCUGAUCAACACCUCCCGGACCGAUGCUGCCAGCACCGUAUUCGGAGCUCCAUCACCACCACACUCCCUGUCGGUAUCUUCUCACAGCGCGACCUGGAUCACGGUAGCCUGGCAGCCCCCAGAGUUCUCGCACCCCCACGAAACCAUCACCUAUCGGGUCAUCCAUAAGGUUGCUAACAACUUCACCGUGAUCGAUACUCGACUUUUGUGGGUCCGCAUCUCCAAUCUACAGCCCAAUACUCAGCACAUCAUCUACGUUGUCGCACUGGGAGCUAAGGGAACCAGCUUGCCAUCGGAAACCUUGGUAGCCUGGACCGAUCCUGCCCUGCCAGCUUUCGUUGAUCCUCCAACCGUCCAUCCAUCUGACAUUAUCUCCGAGGGUGGUUCGAUGACGAUCCUCUGUCUAGCCCUUGGUAACCCUGCACCAACCAUAUCCCUGUACGUAGGAGGUCAUCUGGUUCGUCAGGACACCUCAAGGCACAUGAUCACGGUUAUCCAUAAUGUCACCACCGAUAUGGAACACAUUUCCUGCUAUGCCGACAAUGGUUACGGCAUCCCGAUGCAGGCUUCCAAGCGUGUAAACAUCAGCUUCGCGCCAAGAAUUCAAGCAUCGGGUAUCACCGUAGCGUCGCUCGGCGAAGCAGUUGACCUGAAGUGUACCGUACGAGCUCGGCCCAUUCCGAAGACUAUGUUCUGGCGUGAUCACGACGGCCGUGUGCCAGUCAUCCAGGGGGGCAACUUCGACAUGACCAUGAAGAACGAUGUUGAUGAUCCAACUCUCUACACCAUCACCCUGACGAUAGCCAAGCUAACUUCCGAAGAAGCAGGCGACUACUUCUGCCACGCGGAGAACGCUCUCGGAUCAUCGACUCGGGCCGUAUCGGUGCGGGUUCGCAACAUGGCAGCUUCCUCGAACGUUCCGGAGUGUUGCGUUGCCCAGAACGUAUCGGCUCCCUGCAUGAGUGCCUGUUCGUUCUACAUCGACAUUGAAAGUGUGAUCGACCGGCCCGAAUGUAUCAAAGAUUUCGACAAACUCAUGAAAUGUGCCGCCGACGGGUCCGAUCAUCGAGGAUGCUGUGCAUCGAAGGACAUCCCCCGACGGUGCCUCAACUGGUGCCGCGGAGAACCGAUCACUCCGCCUGGAAUCUGCGCCCUGCAGCACACCCGAACCAUUGUUGGCUGCUUCCAGGAGAACCGAGAACGUCUACCAGGACCUCCUCAGAACCUACAUCUUCAAAUCAUGGGAGAAACGGAAGUCGAGAUUAAAUGGGAUCCCCCAGCAAAGAACCCGCACACUGUUGAAGGUUAUCGGGUGUUCUGGCACGAUCUGGAACCGGUCUCGGACAACCUCUCGAACGUCAUAAGCGGCCUGGGAACCAGUCGCCUGGACGCCAAGGAAACGAGCAUCAAGCUGGAAGGCCUGAAGCAGAACGUGAUGUACGAGCUGGUCGUUAAGGCUGGAAAUCAUUUCGGUGCUUCGGUUCUUUCGGAACCGCUACGCUUUACCCUCGGGGAUAAUCACAUCACCUCGGCGUCGCAAUCUUCCAAUGCCGGUGUGAUUAGCGGGAUCGUGGCCGGAAUAUUGGCAAUCGUACUGGCCGUUGCUGCGCUGAUCGUCAUGAAGAAACGGCGCAUCGGCCAGAAGCAAGCGAACGGAGGAGUGGCCUUCGAAAAUCCCAGCUACCUGCGGGAGAUGAACGUGGAACAUGUCCAGAUCUCGGCCGUUUCGGGCCAAUCGAUUACCGGUAACAACGACUGGCGCCAUGAGUCGCUGCAUACGGCCGCCGCUAAUGGGACCGCCACAACAGCCGGCCUCGGACAACAGGACAACAACUCGGUCGUUCCGAUGGCCACCGAGGUAAACCCGUCGCUGUACGAAGAGCUGAAGCUCGGCCACGAUCGGGCCGGCUUCAAGCGCCUCGUUUCCUAGGAACUGGCCCAGCUCAGCCCCUAGGAGGUGGUCCCUGGAGGACCACGAGGACUCCAGGCAGCAGCAGCAGCAGCAUCAGCGACAAGAUCGAACUUAAAAAGUGUACUUGUAAAUACCAGCGGACAGUUUUAGAUGUGAUCAAAUGCGGGAAGGAAAAGUGAAUAAUUGUGAACGGUGUAGAUGCCUGUGUAUCUGCCUGUCAACCGUAUUUGUAUUAGUUGUGAUCGAGAGCGUUAAAAAGACGGUGAAUUUAGGUGCUGAUUAAGGUUUUAUAGAGAUAGGUAAAUUUUUCUAUAGAGAACAGUAGUGACCAUUUUUUUCUAUUAAAAAAGAAUGAAAAAUUUGCAAAUUGAAAAAAUCACGCAAGCACUAACACACAUCACCUUUUAACUAAUGUUGAGAGACAAAAUUCUUCGUAGUAACUGUAAAUCCAGAGUUUGUUUGAAAAAAAAAACAGUGAAAAAAUCUAACGCCACCUAACAAGAACUGUUCAACAUUCAGAAUAAAAUUGAACCCCCACUAACGACAAACCACCACAAAUCUAGUCAAAAAGAUGGAACAGCUUUCAUCUUAGACACUCACGCAACGACCGACACCAGCAUCAGUUCACGAAGAGCUUGAAAAGCGUUGAAGCUAGAAAAAGAAAUACGAAGAAUAAUCGGAUCGAACGAAAUAACCUCUAAGGCAGUUCAAAUUGACCAGUGGCAAUAAUUCCUUAAGUUACCUUUAAUUAUCGACCAUUAGAUUGUAUUUAUUGUUCAUUUUAAUUAGCAAACAAAACCCUCACAAAUGGCCAGCAGAUGGAUUGCAAAGUCGUCGACGGAAUCGGGAAUCCCAAUAGAUUAGAGCACACCGGAACAUCGAUUUACUACCUAUUAUUACUUAAUUAGUUCAUAGAAAUUUAGCGAUACUCAAUUCUUCGUUCAACCAAGUCCAGAUUAUCGAGUGAUGUGUGUUUAGGCCGGAUUGUAACUCGUCGCGUAACAAAGUCGAGUAUUGGUUUACAGAAAAUUAAACAAUCGGACGCACAUCGGAUAAUGAUCAUUGUUAGGGUAUAGUAAACAAAAAAUGUUUUAGCGAGACUUUUGACAUACCUUCACAACUUGAUAUUUUGACACUUAUUAAUGUUAACAGCUCGAUUGUUUUGGAUCUUAGUAAGAUGACACACAGUGAAACUUGGGAAUUUGGGCAUUUGGUAAGAUUUUGUGGUGAUCAUUCGUCCAAGUUUUCUAACUGUCCCAUUAAUUAUUUUAAUAUUUAUUCACUUGAGUGGUCACGGUAAGUGACUAGCAACUGAAUAACAAGUUUAAACACCUUUUAUUUCAACAAACUCCCAAAAAUGGCAAACGAGAAAUCUCAGUUCAACACCCAAUACAGGCGAACGCCAGAACCUAAAAGUUAAACACCACUCCUGUGUGUAUACUUGUGAUUGUGGAACGGGGACAGUAUAAUGGUUUUUAGAAGUAGCACUUAAAUAUAGGUAUUAAUAUAUGUUUGAGUCGAUUGUUGGAGUCAUUACGCAGUGGAAGGAUUAUAAAUUCAAAGUAGCUAAAUGAAACGAAAAAAAAACAAA